AUUUGUUGAAAUUUCAAAUAUUUCGCGGAUUUGGUUCACAUGGUAACAUCCGGUUCGCCAUUCCUUGACAAAGGAAUGACAGUAGCAGUUUAAGGUUGAGAAAGAAAUUCUCUUGGUUUUAAGAGUUCAUAGAACAGAAUAAAACAAAGAUACACCGAUCGAAAUAAAACAAAGCAUUAAUCGAUUGUGUUAGCGAUUUAAUAAUUGGAUAUCAUGUCGAACCACGAUGAGUUACUUUCGCAAUUUACAGAUGUAACUGGUGUUGAUUCAGAAAGAGCACAAUUUUACCUUGAGUCAUCCGCUUGGCAGCUAGAAGUUGCACUUGCAAGCUUCUUUGAAACCGACGAACCUCCUACAUCGGCAAAUGAAUACGUCGCAGUUGGACUACAAGAUGACAAUAUAGGAGAUAAUUCUAAGAGUACAGCGAAACAAAAAGGAAAUAACUCAAUGGAUCAAAAUACAGGAAAUAAAAAUAAAUCCAAAGCAAAGCCUAAAUUUGGUACGAUAAGCGAUUUGCGAAAUAAGGAUAGUAGUUCGGAAGAAGAAGAAGGACAAGCCUUCUAUGCUGGUGGAUCUGAACACAGUGGUCAACAGGUACUUGGUCCGGGAAAAAAGAAUGAUAUCAUAAGCGAUAUGUUUAAAUCGUGUCAAGAACAAUCUAUUUCUAUAGAACCUAGAACUAGUGGACAACAAAGACCAAAUACGUUCAGUGGUACUGGUUAUAAAUUAGGACAAACUAGUUCAGAUACAGAAGUUGUGUCAGGAGCACAGUCCAAUCAACAAUCUAAUGCUGGUCUUAUUACUUUGAAAUUAUGGCGCGAUGGUUUUACUAUAAACGAUCAUGAAAUUCGACCAUACAGUGAUCCAGAAAAUAGAGAAUUUUUAGCUGCUAUAAAACGAGGAGAAAUUCCUGCAGAAAUUCGACAAGAAGUUCAAGACGCAGAAUUACGAUUAGAUAUGGAGGAUCAUCGUCAUGAAGAAUAUGUUCCUCCCAAAACUAAGGUUAAAGCUUUUACUGGGAAAGGACAUAUGUUGGGAAGUCCAUCUCCAGCUACCGUUGGUAUGACAAUUCCAACAGAUCCAGCUGAUCAAGCAGCUAAUGAAUCUCAAGCAAAAAAACAAUUAAAUUUAGAUACAACUAAACCAGUUACUACAAUACAAAUUCGACUUGCCGAUGGGAGCAGUGUACGAGCGCAAUUUAAUUUAUCUCAUACCAUAAGUGACCUCAGAAGAUAUAUAACAACUAUGAGACCUCAAUAUGCCAUAAGAGAUUUCAGUUUAUUAACUAUGUAUCCAACUAAGGAAUUAGCGGAGGAUAAAACAAUAGAAGAAACAGGUUUAAAAAAUGCAACCAUAAUGCAACGACUAAAAUAAGCUUUCUUAUGAAUCUAGUUAAUCAAAUUCAGAAUAUGUAAUAAUAACUAGAUGGAAAAAAAAAUAUAUUAAUGAAAAAAUACACCAAAAUAAUAAAAACAAAAAUUUCUUCAUAUAUUAUAUUAUAAAAAAUAAUAAAGUAAAUUGAUUUUGCUUCUAAAACAUGAUAUCAUUAUAAAGUUAUUAUAAAGAUAUCAUUAUAAUAAAAUAAUUUAAUAUAUCAUAGCAAUUUCAUGCCGCAUUAUACAUAGUUUUAUAUAACAAAAAAUUAAGAAGAGGAAAAAGGAAUUGUAAGAAGCAUUCAUCAUAACAUACGUAUACAUAAUGUCCAAUUAAAAUAAGAAAUAAAAUUUGCAUAAAAUUUAUCAUCU